AUGGCUUGGCAAUCAGAGGAAAUGCCAAAACAAGGCAAGAAAGUAACGCCCACGCUAAUUUUUAGCGUAUUUAUAGCUGUAUUUGGGAACUCUUUGCUCUAUGGCUAUAAUAUAGGUGUGAUUAAUACACCUGCAAAGAUUAUCAUGAACUUCUACAAUGAAACAUUUUCAGAACGUAAUAAUGAGGUACCAUCAGCUAAUUUUAUUCGACUUCAGUGGUCCUUAACUGUUUCUCUCUUCGUUGCCACUGGCAUGAUAGGAUCAUUUGUAUCAGGUUUGAUAGCAGACAGAAUUGGAAGGAAAAAAGGAAUGAUCUACAUCACGUUUAUAAUGUUUAUAGCUGGCUUGUUUGGUGGAAUCCCCAAAAUUGCAAAAUCUCCUGAAUGCUUGAUGAUUUCCAGAGCACUUGUCGGACUGCACAGUGGUAUUAACAUUGGCUUGGCUUCCCUUUAUCUUGCGGAAAUCUCUCCUAAAAGUAUCCGUGGGGCUGUGGGGACAUGCCAUCAGCUAGCAAUCACCAUCGGAAUCCUUUUAGCACAAAUUAUGGGCAUUAAAGAAAUGUUAGGAACACCAGAAUUGUGGCCAGUUUUGUUUGCUUUUAAUGCUUUUCCUUCGUUAGUGUGUUUAAUUUUCAUGCCAUUUUGUCCUGAAUCACCAAGAUACUUAGCUGUCAAACUGAAAAAAGUGGAACAUGCUGAAGAAGCUCUGAAGAAAUUCAGAGGUACGUCCGAUGUUUCUGAAGAAUUAGAAGAAAUGAACUUGGAGGCAUCCAAACUUCCAGAGGCUCCUUUCAAAGUCAAAGAACUCCUCACUUCACGAGUGCACCGUCUUCCUGUAAUUAUUGCCUGUCUCAUGAUGGUUUUUCAGCAAUGGUCUGGAAUUAAUGCCGUGUUUUCAUACUCAGAUUUUAUUUUUACCCAAGCUCAAGUGAAAGCAAUCUACAUCCCUUAUGCCAUUGUUGGGACCGGUUUUAUUAAUGUGAUUGCAACUAUCAUUGUGGUACCUCUAAUGGAGAAACUUGGACGCCGUCCCUUGCUGUUGUUCCCCAUGGUGGUGAUGAUUUUGUCCAUGCUUAUACUGUCGAUAUUUUUAAAUUUACAAGAAAAUGUAGCUUAUCAGUCACAACAUGGCUGGAUGGCAGUGUGCAGCAUUAUCGUCAUGCACACCUACAUUGUCGGAUUUGCCCUUGGUCUUGGUCCAAUUCCAUUCAACCUGGUAUCUGAGCUGUUCACCCAGGCUCCCAGGGCUGCAGCUAUGUCCAUGUCACUUGUCUUCAAUUGGGUGACAAACUUUAUUCUUUUGCUCACUUUCCCUUUCCUUCAAGUUGCUCUGGGUCCCUACACAUUCAUCCUGUUUAUUGUCAUUCUCACAAUUGCUGUCACCUUUAUCUUCUUCUUUGUGCCUGAAACUAAGAACAAGACAUUCGAGGAAAUUGCCCAGAUACUGGCAGCAGGUAAAGUCUGGAAGCAACGUGGUUCAAUCGUUCAGGCCAAUGUUAAUGGAGAAGGGGAUCCAAUGGAUACUACUAAAAUCUAA